CAUCGUAUCCUUUCACGGUCACUUUAUCCUGGGCUUACAGAUGUGGAAACUGAGGCCCAAAGACUCGGGAGAACCUGCCCCGAAGUCACCGGAGCGGUCGGGAUGUCUCCAAAGGCUCUCCCACUUCUCGGGGAUUCAGAGGCCUUUCCUCGUGCUGCCGCCACUGAUGGAGUGGAUCCGGGUGGCCGUGGCGCACGCCGGCCACCGGCGCAGCUUCUCCAUGGACAGCGACGACGUCCGCCAAGCGGCCCGGCUGCUGCUGCCCGGCGUGGACUGCGAGCCGCGCCAGCUCAGGGCUGACGACUGCUUUUUUGCUUCUCGGAAGCUGGACGCAGUGGCCAUCGAAGCCAAGUUUAAGCAGGACCUGGGUUUCCGGAUGCUGAACUGCGGGCGGACGGAUCUGGUGAAGCAGGCGGUGUCGCUCCUGGGGCCCGAUGGGAUCAACACCAUGAGCGAACAGGGCAUGACCCCCCUGAUGUACGCCUGCGUCCGUGGGGACGAGGCGAUGGUGCAGAUGCUGCUGGAUGCCGGAGCUGACCUGAAUGUGGAGGUUGUCAGUACUCCUCAUAAAUAUCCAUCCGUCCACCCCGAGACCCGCCAUUGGACGGCUCUGACUUUUGCUGUGUUGCAUGGACAUAUUCCUGUAGUUCAGCUCCUGCUGGACGCCGGGGCCAAGGUCGAGGGCUCUGUGGAGCACGGCGAGGAGAACUACUCGGAGACGCCCCUGCAGCUCGCAGCCGCCGUGGGCAAUUUUGAGCUGGUUAGUUUGCUGUUGGAGCGAGGUGCGGACCCCUUGAUAGGAACCAUGCACAGGAAUGGAAUUUCUACAACCCCCCAGGGGGACAUGAACUCUUUCAGCCAGGCCGCAGCCCACGGACACAGGAACGUGUUCCGCAAACUGCUCGCCCAGCCAGAGAAGGAGAAGAGUGAUAUCCUGUCCCUGGAGGAGAUUCUGGCCGAGGGGACAGACCUGGCGGAGACAGCCCCGCCCCCCCUGUGCGCCAGCCGCAACAGCAAGGCCAAACUGAGAGCCCUGAGGGAGGCCAUGUAUCACAGCGCUGAGCAUGGCUACGUGGAUGUCACAAUUGACAUCAGGAGCAUCGGUGUCCCGUGGACCCUGCACACGUGGCUGGAGUCCUUGCGGAUCGCCUUCCAGCAGCACCGCAGGCCCCUCAUCCAGGGCCUGUUGAAGGAGUUCAAGACCAUCCAGGAGGAAGAGUACACGGAGGAGCUCAUCACCCAGGGCCUGCCCCUCAUGUUCGAGAUCCUGAAAGCCAGCAAGAACGAAGUGAUCAGCCAGCAGCUGUGUGUCAUCUUCACUCACUGCUACGGGCCCUACCCCAUCCCCAAGCUCACGGAGAUCAAACGGAAGCAGACCUCGCGCCUGGACCCUCAUUUCCUCAACAAUAAAGAAAUGUCUGAUGUCACCUUCCUGGUGGAAGGAAGACCGUUUUAUGCUCACAGAGUGCUGUUAUUUACAGCCUCUCCGAGGUUCAAAGCGCUGCUCUCCAGCAAGCCAACAAAUGACAGCAGCUGCAUAGAGAUCGGCUAUGUGAAGUACCCCAUCUUUCAGCUGGUCAUGCAGUACCUCUACUAUGGUGGCCCGGAGUCACUGCUCAUUAAAAACAACGAGAUAAUGGAGCUUCUGUCUGCGGCUAAAUUUUUCCAGCUGGAGGCUCUGCAGCGACACUGUGAGAUUAUCUGUGCCAAAGGCAUCAACACGGACAACUGCGUGGACAUUUACAACCACGCCAAGCUACAUGCAGUGAAAACUAGGAGAAUGCCUUUACCCCCUUGGGAUGGCCAAGUUGCGUUGACAAACCUAUUUCCUAGCAUGCCUUUGGGAAGCCGUGCGCAGACCCUGAAUUUCAAAGGAGCUGCUGUUCGUCCAUCGUACCUGCUCCCUGAGCCGCUGUUCAGAGGAUCCGCGUCGUGCUCCGUUCCAUGGGGUGACCGUGGAGAAGCCAGGCCACGUCCGUCUUCGGCGUUGAUUCUUCUGUGAUGCCCCUACGCAAGGCCUCUCUUCCACCUGGUCAUUUGCCAACCUCCUCAGGCCCUACGACCAUCCAUGAGGAAGGAAAAGGUACUGCAGAGGGGUCCCGGUGACAAACACACAGCACAUGUGUGACCCGUCACCAUCUCCUGCCUCCUGCGUGUCCUCAGAGAUGCCGCGUGGAUGUUCCCUUAUCCGCGAUGGACUCCCCUGUGACUGGCUAAUGCUAUCAGGGCCUCUGGGCGUUGACUGGUACAGUGGCAGCUCCUGACGAGCUUCUGUUCUAGUUUGGUGUGCUUUCUCUGUCAUUAAAAGAAAUGAUUUUCCCAAACCGUG